CCCAUUCUCAUUCAAUGCCUCAUCAUUUGUGCUAAAAUUGUCCCCAGUUUAUCGAUCAUUUGGCUUAAAUCCUAUUGUUCUUGUACUUGUAUUUUGUUUAUUGAUUAUAAUGUUCUUUGUCAUUUCAGUUGAUGUCUACUCUAUGGCAACACAAGAUAUUGCUGGGCAACCAAAGACAAUAGAAACCUGGCAGUGUCAGAUAUGUAUGAAAACAUUCAAGACCCGACGAGUCCUUAGAAACCAUUCAUUUAUACAUACUGGAGAAUUGCCAUAUCAGUGUGACCUCUGCCAAGAUGCAUUUUCCCAUCAAAUGAAGUUAUGGCGACACAAGAAAAAACAACAUCCAGUGGAUCCUCAAAUCUGGACUGAAUAAGAAAAAGGAAGAAUAUAAAGUUUAUAGGGGUAGUGGUCAGAAAGUGCAUGUAGAAUGUAAAAAGGAAAAUA